AUGGCACCGCGACCGUCCAAUGUUCGACGUCGCGAAACGUCCACAGGCGACUUCCACGAGCUCGGCGUCAAGGGCCGAAAAACUGGAAUUGAGUUGCCCGACACUGGCGUACGCGAUGAGCAUGGCAUGCAGCCGAUCGAAGGCCUGUUCUCCUCGCCGGAGAAGGACAACGGGUCCGCCGACGAGACCACGGGCGAGCAGGAUAUGGAACUUGACUCUGACACUGGAGCUGGACCUGCGACACUUCUGAAGGGCCACCCUCGAUUGAUCCCCCGAGGAACCUCGCCGCGAAAGACGAACCUUUCUUCCCCCGCAGUACGGCAUCCUAGCUUCGGCGUCUCGUCAUCACCGAUUCGAGGAUCUCCCUUCCGAGAAUCGCCUCCCCCGCAAUCGCACUCUCAGCCCGCACGUGGAGCCCCUGUUUCUCGCCGGUUGGACUUUGGCGCGUUGGAGACCAAUGGUCCUGGUCUGAAUGGAAAGCGCCCCGGGCCGAACGGAUUGAAUGGGCGCGUGCCGUCCCCUGAAGAUGAGACGGAGGAGCCUACGGAGAACGAGCCACCUAUUGAAGACGGCGGCGAGGAGUCGAUGCAGAUGGUCGGCAUGAACGGAGACGAUGAGCCGGAGCCGGAGUCCGAGGUCGCAAUGCCAGAGGUUGAAGAAGUCGAAGAGGAGGAGGUGCCGCCGCAGCCGGUCAAGCGCAAGGGGCGCCCAGCCAAAGCGAAGGCACCAGUCGCCGAAGAACCAGAGGAAGAGCGUGCGGACGCGGCCGAGUCGGACGAGGAACCAGUUGUUCCCAAGAGGAGAGGUCGCCCUGCCAAGGGCAAAGGAAAGGCUGCGGCCGACGAGGUUGAGCUGGAACCUGAACCGGAAGUUGGCGCCCCCAAGCGCAGACGCUCGCGCAAUUCCAACGACAACGAGGAUGAGCAAGAGGAGGCAGACGACCGUACCUCCAAACGGCAACGUACGGAGGCCGCAACGGCGAAACCUGGCAAGCGUGGGCGACCCAAAGCCGCCCCUCGAGAUGAAGAGGGUGGAUCGAGCAAGCAAGCGGACAAGCCCGAACCGAAACCGAAGCCCGCCGCGAAGGGCAGGCCUGGCCGCAAACCGCAAGCAGCCGUCGGCGACGAUUCCAUCCUGGGCGUGGUGCAAAAGGGACCGCCUAUGCCCAAGGCUCGUGGCUUGGUCUCGCGGAAGCAGCCGCAGGACCCCCAUGCGAUUCUCAAAACAAGGUCCGGCCGUCAGUCCUACCGUCCAUUGGCAUACUGGAAGAACGAGCAUGUUGCAUAUGACGAGGAGGAUGCUUUUGAGGCCGGCAAGGAGAGGUUCUUGCUACCGAGUGUCAAGGAGGUCGUUCGUGUUGAAGAAGAGGAGACACAGGAGCGCAAAAAGAGGGCGAGGGGCCGCAAGCCUGCCGCCAAGGGGAAACGGAGGCAGGUCGAAUCCGAAGACGAAGAAGAAGACCCGGAACCCUGGGAGAAGGAAAAGCCCGGAUAUAUCGACGGCGAGGUUGUCGUCUGGCAGCCGGAGCACGAAUUCAACCCUCCCGCCAUCAACGAGCAGGUCGAGAUAGAUGAAGAGCGUGUUGCCUUGGCGGCGGGCGCCAUCGAGACCCGCGACAUUCGCGACGCCACGUUCCGGUUCGCCAAAACGCUCAGCUUGCCCUUCUUCGGUUCUGGCGUCGUCGACCUUCCGCCCGGUGCGGAGAAGCGGCCCAAGAACUCGCGUAAGAUGCAGAUGGUGUUCUUCGUGUUCCAGGGCAAGGUCUUGGUCACCGUUCACGAGACGCAAUUCAGAAUCAGCGCCGGCGGAAUGUGGUUUGUACCAAGAGGCAACUACUACAGUAUUCACAACGACUACGACCAACCAGCACGGAUUUUCUUCGCUCAGGGCUGCGAAUGCACCGGUUUUUUUUCGAACGACAAGAUCGAGAUUAUCGCCAACGACCAGGGUAACCGCACGACCCCCUCAUAUGUCGCUUUCAACGACACUGAGCGCCUGAUUGGCGAUGCCGCCAAGAACCAGGUCGCCAUGAACCCCCACAACACCGUCUUCGACGCCAAGCGCCUCAUCGGUCGCAAGUUCGCCGACCCUGAGGUUCAGGCCGACAUGAAGCACUUCCCCUUCAAGGUCGUCGACAAGAACAGCAAGCCCGUUAUCGAGGUUGAGUUCAAGGGCGAGACCAAGACCUUCACCCCCGAGGAGAUCUCCGCCAUGGUCCUCGUCAAGAUGCGCGAGACUGCUGAGGCCUACCUCGGUGGCCAGGUCACCAACGCUGUCAUCACCGUUCCCGCCUACUUCAACGACUCCCAGCGUCAGGCCACCAAGGACGCUGGUCUCAUUGCCGGCCUCAACGUUCUGCGUAUCAUCAACGAGCCCACCGCCGCUGCCAUCGCCUACGGCCUCGACAAGAAGGCUGAGGGUGAGCGCAACGUCCUCAUCUUCGAUCUUGGUGGUGGUACCUUCGAUGUUUCCCUCUUGACCAUUGAGGAGGGUAUCUUCGAGGUCAAGUCCACCGCUGGUGACACUCACUUGGGUGGUGAGGACUUCGACAACCGUCUCGUCAACCACUUCGUCAACGAGUUCAAGCGCAAGCACAAGAAGGACCUGUCCUCCAACGCUCGCGCUCUCCGCCGCCUUCGCACUGCUUGCGAGCGUGCCAAGCGCACCCUGUCCUCUUCCGCUCAGACCUCCAUCGAGAUCGACUCCCUGUUCGAGGGUAUCGACUUCUACACCUCCAUCACUCGUGCCCGUUUCGAGGAGCUCUGCCAGGACCUGUUCCGCUCCACCAUCCAGCCCGUCGACCGCGUCCUGUCCGACGCUAAGAUCGACAAGUCCCAGGUCCACGAGAUCGUCCUGGUCGGUGGUUCCACCCGUAUCCCCCGCAUCCAGAAGCUCAUCUCCGACUACUUCAACGGCAAGGAGCCCAACAAGUCCAUCAACCCCGAUGAGGCUGUUGCCUACGGUGCUGCCGUCCAGGCCGCCAUCCUGUCUGGUGACACCACCUCCAAGUCCACCAACGAGAUCCUGCUUCUCGAUGUUGCCCCUCUCUCCCUCGGUAUCGAGACUGCUGGUGGCAUGAUGACCAAGCUCAUCCCCCGCAACACCACCAUCCCCACCAAGAAGUCCGAGGUCUUCUCCACCUUCUCCGACAACCAGCCUGGUGUCCUCAUCCAGGUCUACGAGGGUGAGCGCCAGCGCACCAAGGACAACAACCUUCUCGGCAAGUUCGAGCUUACCGGCAUUCCCCCCGCUCCUCGCGGCGUUCCCCAGAUCGAGGUUACCUUCGAUGUCGAUGCCAACGGUAUCAUGAACGUCUCCGCCGUCGAGAAGGGCACCGGCAAGUCCAACAAGAUUGUCAUCACCAACGACAAGGGCCGCCUGUCCAAGGAGGAGAUCGAGCGCAUGCUUGCUGAGGCCGAGAAGUACAAGGAUGAGGAUGAGGCCGAGGGCCAGCGUGUCGCUGCCAAGAACGGUCUUGAGUCUUACGCCUACUCUCUCCGCAACACCCUCGGCGACUCCAAGGUCGACGAGAAGCUUGAGGCUGACGACAAGGAGAAGCUCAAGACUGAGAUCGACAAGGUCGUCUCUUGGCUCGACGAGAAUCAGCAGGCCACCCGCGAGGAGUACGAGGACCGUCAGAAGGAGUUGGAGGGCAUUGCCAACCCCAUCAUGAUGAAGUUCUACGGCUCUGCUGGCGGUCCCCCCGGCGCUGGCGGUGCCCCUGGCGGCUUCCCCGGUGCUCCCGGCGGCGGUGCUCCCCCCGGCAACCACGACGACGGCCCCACCGUCGAGGAGGUUGACUAA